AUGCCAGGAGCCGUCACAAGAGCGCCGGCGAAGCGCGCCCUCGCCGAAACAUCCAGCACACGCACCAAUGUGCAGCCGUCGCCCCACUCAUCCAAGAAGCUGAAGCUCCAAAAUGGCAAUGACAAGAGUAGACCGCCAACCAAGACGGUCAAUGGCUCCUUCAACUCGAGCCAGGUGGGCCCGAGCCAGUUCGAGGAGACGCUGGAGAAGAUGACGCAGGACAUGGAGACGCUGAAGAAGGACAAUACAGAGAAGGACCAGCAAUGGCGGCGGCCUGCCUUGCCCGAGGACUUCAAUGAGAUGACGCAAAACCUUGUCUUCCAACAGAUCGAGGCUGAAGAGGGCGUGUUAAAUGGCGGGAAAACAACCGUCAAGCUCUUUGGUGUCACAGAGACUGGCCACUCCGUCCUCAUCCACGUCACUGGCUUCCAACAUUACUUCUACGUCGCCGCACCCCUCAACUUCCACAAAGAAGACUGCGAACCGUUCAAGGUUUUCCUCGAGAGCGAAUGCCAGAAGAACUUCAACCAACACUCAGCCGUCAUUGCAUCGGUACAGAUGUGCAUGAGAGAGAACAUCCUGCGCUUCCAGGGAAACCAGAAGAGCCCAUACCUGAAGAUCACAGUGACUGAUCCCAAAAUGAUCAAUCGCGUGCGGAUGAUGGUGCAAAAGGGCAAUGCUAACUACAAGCGCCUCUGGCCGGCCAGAGAAGACGGUAUCCUCACGUUCGACAACAUUGCCUACGUACUGCGCUUUAUGAUCGACACCAAGGUCGCCGGUAUGUGCUGGGUCGAAGUUCCAGCAGGCAAAUACAGAAUGAUCAGCCCCCGCGACCGACACUCCAACUGCCAGAUUGAGGCACAGCUACACUACAGCGAUUUGAUCGCCCACCAAUCUGAAGGCGAAUGGGCCAAACUCGCCCCCCUACGCAUCCUCUCCUUCGAUAUCGAGUGCGCUGGCCGCAAAGGUGUCUUCCCGGAGGCCAACGUCGACCCCGUCAUCCAGAUCGCAAACGUCGUUACGAGAUACGGAGAGCCGAAACCCUUUGUCAGAAACGUCUUCUGUCUAGAUACAGUCAGCCCCAUCGUUGCGACACAGGUCUUGUCGUUCCAAGAUGAGGGUGAAAUGCUGAUGAAAUGGCGGGACUUCGUAGAAGAGGUCGACCCAGACGUCAUCAUCGGCUACAACAUCAACAACUUCGACUUCCCGUAUCUACUCGACCGCGCAAAACAUCUCAAGUUACAGAAGUUCCCGUAUUGGUCCCGUCUGAAGACAGUGCAGUCCAAGGUAGAGAGCUCGAAUUUCUCGAGUAAACAACUAGGAAACCGAGACACAAAGACUACCAACACCAACGGUCGUCUCCAGCUUGACCUGUUACAGCUCAUUCAGAGAGACCACCAACUGCGCAGUUACACGCUCAACUCGGUGUGUGCUCACUUCUUGAAGGAGCAGAAGGAGGAUGUACACCACAGCAUGAUCACAGAGCUGUUCAACGGCGACUCCAACUCCCGGCGACGAUUGGCUGUAUACUGUUUGAAGGAUGCCUAUCUACCGCAGCGAUUGCUCGACAAGCUCAUGUGUCUGGUCAACUACACAGAAAUGGCUAGGGUCACAGGUGUGCCUUUCAACUACCUUCUUGCCCGUGGACAACAAGUUCGCUUCAUUAGCCAGCUCUUCCGUAAAGCCCUCGACCAUCAACUCAUCGUUCCGGACCUUCCGAACCAAGGCGAUAGCAGUGACCAGUACGAAGGUGCGACCGUUAUCGAACCCAAGCGCGGCUACUACAAGGAACCUGUCGCGACCCUCGAUUUCGCAUCGCUAUACCCCAGUAUCAUGCAGGCCCACAACCUGUGCUAUACGACCUGGCUCGACAAGCAGACGGUGGAGAAACUUAAGAUGAAGAAAGACGAUGACUACAUUGUGACUCCAAACGGUGACAUGUUCUGCACAGCAAAAACUCGUAAGGGACUCUUGACCGAGAUUCUGGAAGAAUUGCUGGGUGCGCGUAAGAGGGCGAAGAAGGAGUUGGCGAUCGAGACCGAUCCCUUCAAGAAGGCUGUGCUCAACGGUCGUCAGUUGGCCUUGAAGGUCAGUGCCAACUCGGUUUACGGUCUAACAGGUGCUACCAACGGAAAGCUACCGUGUCUUGCCAUCGCCAGUAGUACCACAAGUUUCGGUCGCCAAAUGAUUGAAAGGACCAAGGCGGAAGUCGAGGCAAAGUACAACAUCGCGAACGGAUACACGCACGACGCAGAGGUCAUCUACGGUGACACAGAUUCCGUCAUGGUGAAGUUUGGUACGUCCGAGCUAGCGGAGGCGAUGAAGCUGGGUGAGGAAGCUGCGGACUACGUCUCUUCGAAGUUCGUCAAGCCAAUCAAGCUGGAGUUCGAGAAGGUCUACUUCCCCUACCUGCUCAUCAACAAGAAGCGUUACGCUGGUCUCUACUGGACGAAUCCGCACAAGUGGGACAAGAUGGACACGAAGGGUAUUGAGACGGUCCGCCGUGAUAAUUGCCGCCUGGUCCAGACUGUCAUCGAAACUUCGUUGCGCAUGCUCUUGAUCGACCAGGACCCUGAAGGUGCCCAGGAAUUCGUCAAGGAGACCAUUGCGGAUCUGCUGCAGAACAAAGUGGACAUGUCUAACCUUGUCAUCACCAAAGCCCUUACCAAGCAAGAGAACAAGGACGGAACAGGUGGUUAUGCCAACAAACAAGCACACGUUGAGCUAGCCGAACGCAUGAAGAAGCGCGAUGCCGGUUCAGCGCCCGCACUGGGUGAUCGUGUCGCCUACGUUAUGAUCAGAGCCGCCACCGGUGCGAAGAACUUCGAGAAGUCUGAGGAUCCCCUCUUUGUCCUCGAAAACAACUUGCCCAUCGACACGCGUUACUACUUGGACAACCAACUGGCGAAGCCACUGGGCAGAAUCUUCGAGCCCAUUUUAGGUGAGAAGAAGGCAGCCUCUUUACUCACAGGUGAUCACACGCGUUCCAUCACCGUCGCGGCACCCACGAUGGGUGGUUUGAUGAAGUUCGCCAAGAAGACAUCAACAUGCAUGGGAUGCAAGAAGCCACUUACCGCUGCGCAUGAGAAGGACGGCGCCGUUUGUGAGAACUGCCGACCUCGCAUCGCCGAGCUCUACACCAAGACGCUAGGCAAGGUCAGUGAGCUCGAGGUCCGCUUCUCACGUCUUUGGACCCAAUGCCAGCGAUGCCAGGGCAGUGUUCACUGUGAAGUCAUCUGCGCAUCCAAGGAUUGCCCCAUCUUCUAUAUGCGCAUGAAGGCGAGGAAGGAUGUUGAAGACGCAGGCAAAGAGCUGGUGCGUUUCGACAAGGACGCGGCGCUGUGGUGA